AUGGCACAUCCAUUUCAAUUAGGAUUUCAAGACGCAAUAUCACCCAUCAUAGAAGAACUUCACCACUUUCAUGAUCACACCUUAAUAAUUGUAUUCUUAAUUAGUACCCUAGUACUCUAUAUCAUCACCUUAAUAAUAACAACUAAAUUAACAUACACCAACACUAUAAAUGCUCAAGAAGUAGAAAUAAUUUGAACUGUUUUACCAGCUAUCGUCCUAAUCACCAUCGCACUCCCGUCCCUACGAGUCCUUUACCUAAUAGACGAAAUCAACAACCCACACCUAACUAUUAAAGCUAUAGGACAUCAAUGAUAUUGAACAUAUGAGUACACUGAUUACAAAAAUCUUGAAUUUGACUCCUAUAUAAUUCCGACCCAAAGCCUUCCAAACGGACAUUUCCGACUUCUAGAAGUAGACCAUCGCGUGGUAAUACCUAUAGAAUCCCCGAUCCGAAUAUUAAUCUCAGCCGAAGACGUCUUACACUCAUGAGCAAUUCCAUCAUUGGGUGUAAAAGCAGAUGCAGUCCCAGGGCGAUUAAACCAAUCAACCUUCAUUAUAGCACGCCCAGGGGUAUUUUACGGACAAUGCUCAGAAAUCUGCGGAGCUAACCAUAGCUUCAUGCCAAUUGUAGUAGAAUCUGUACCCUUAAAACAUUUCGAAAACUGAUCUUCACUAAUACUCUACUCCUAA